GGUUCGUCGCGAUGUCCGAUUGAAACAUUACUUACCUACCUACUUAUUAUUGGGAAACUGAAAAUGUAUCAUUUUAAUUUUGCUUUAUUUUCGUUUGUAAUUACUGCUGAAAGUUUUCAAAUUUUGUUCUAAGAAAACGCAAUUCUGGUUGGCGUUAAAAGAAAGAAGCGUGGUUAUGCUCGAAGCAUGCCGUCGACGUCGCGAUCGCGGGGCUCCGGGCGCGGGCCGGACGGCGCGCCGAAGUCCCAAGUCAUAGCGCCCAUGUCGGAGCGGCAGCAGUUGGCUCUGGUGAUGCAAAUCUCAUCCCAGGAUGCCCCUCCAGCCGCUCCGACCCCAGCAGAAGAACGAAAACGUACCAGACAGCAGCGAAAUGAACGCGGGGAAACACCUCUACACGUUGCAGCAAUCAGAGGUGAUCAUGAACAAGUCAAGAAAUACCUCGACCAAGGGGAAGAUCCAGAUGUUCCAGACUUUGCUGGUUGGACAGCUCUCCAUGAAGCGUGUAUUUAUGGUUGGUUGCAAGUAGUUGCAGUCCUCGUUGCGGGUCAUGCCAAUGUUAAUGCAAAAGGCUUAGAUGACAACACACCACUACAUGAUGCAACAACUUCUGGCAACCUUAAACUGGUGAAAUUUCUAAUAGAACACGGUGGUGACCCGUUCGCUAAGAAUAAAAAUGGAAAGACACCUGCAGAUUAUGCUGUACCACACAUUUUUGAAUAUCUGCAAUCAUUAAAAGAUAACGCGAGAGCCCCCCACACUGGUCGCACAAGGGAUGACAGUGCCAAGAAAGGUUGCAAUGCAAAUUCAAACAGUGACUUUAAUAAACGAAGCAACAUGGAGAGCCUAGCGCAGGGCGAGCAUUUUGAGGGCAAGGAAGCCACCUCGCAAGAAAAAGGCAAUGUUGAAAAUAAAGAUGAUGGAACACAGUUAAGUAGUGGGGUGGUAUCAUCAACUCAAGAUGAGGUAGUUUCAAGUAGUAAUAAACGGCCAUAUGUAGAAGAUAGUCAAGAAGCUGAGCCGGCAGAGGAUGAAUUGACGAAACGGAAGAAAAGAAAAGACAAUGAGGAAAGAGAACCGAUGGCCAAGCCAGCACCUGUGGCCAGGGGUGGCACUGGACGAAUCCUAACUGGUAGCAAACCUCCGGGACCGGCGAGCAAAACGGGUGCUGCUCCUCUGAAAAGUGGGGUGAAUCAAAGCGCUGGCAAGGUGUCUGGUGCUUCAUCGUCGGGGAAGGGAGUACAGUCCCAGGGGAAAGGAGGCGGGGCUGGUGGAAAGGCUGCACAGAGUCAUCAGGGUAAAUCGGGCGCAGCGAAGGGUGCAUCGAGCUCGCAAGCAAGUAAGCAAGAUAGGAAGAGUCCUGUGGCGAGUCCGAAGCCGCAUCAGGGGAAGGAUAACAACGACGAUGAAGAGCAGAAGGCCGAAUCUACUGCGCCGAAAGUACCGCCGCUGAAAAUUGUCAUACCAGGUGGAGCUAGUGGCUCAGGCAGUAGGAAUGAACAAGAGGGAGAAGGAAGACAAGGCGGAACGGGGCAAAGAGGAAGCGGCAAGGGUCGUGGCAGCGCGUCGACUUUACCCUAUGUGAUACCGUGCACCAGCACCGACACCGGCCAAACAUCCGACAGCUCUGAUGGCAAUUGCGAUGACAAGAGGACCGGCGAGAGUACUAAGGCAGGACAAAGAGUACUGCGCUCCCACAGAACGAAUGACGGUGAUAAAGAUAAGGGGCGGACCUCUCCAACGGGGUCGGAGGCUCGCUCGGGCUCAGGAUCGAAUCAGGCUUUGAAUUCCAACAAAAGUCCACCGCGCUCUGGCCAAGACGGGGAUCAUGCGCCCUCCACGUCGUCCGGCUCGGGUGGAAGAAACGAAACAGGUCCAUCUGUCGAAUUGCACCCUCGGAAGCGUAAGAUCAAAGCGUCGAAGGACAGCCAUUCGCGCGAGCCGAAGGUCGAGGCACCGGACAGCACCACGGUGACGCACAACAUCACGCAUUCAAACCCCUACCAGAUGUACAUACACAUCCGGAAACAGAUUGAGCGUCGUCAAAAAAGCUUGUUUCCUGUGAAACCGAAGCCGCCAAAGGACUUCAACAAAUAUCUAAUGAACAGGUGCACCUACACCUUACAAAACAACGUGAAUCCAGAGCCACAAGUUGACAUACCACACAACAUGCCGUCGCAAAUGGUCAAUGAGUUCAUGACUCACGAAAAGGAGAGGAUGAGAUUGCGUAUACAACACUUGGUUGAAAAAGAGAAGUUAGUGCUAGCCGUCGAACAAGAAAUACUGAGAGUUCAUGGGCGUGCCGAACGCGCUGUGGCUAAUCAGUCUCUCCCAUUUUCGGUGUGCACGAUCCUGCGCGAUAAAGAAGUAUACAACGUGCAGGCGCCGGAUCAAGAAGAGAAGCGCAACGCGCAGCGCUCUCGCUGCAACGGACGCCAGAUCAACUCGUGGCUACAGGAAGUCGACGACAAGUGGGAAAAAAUCAAGGAAGGUAUGCUUCGACGUCAGCACACGGAGGCGGAAACGCUGCACGCGGUGCAGCUGAUGGGCUGGGAGUGGAAACUCAAGGAGCUGGGUCUGUGCGACUACAAGACCUCGCCCAAGAUCGAUCCCACGCACGUACCGCAAAUACACGUGUCGAAUUUUGACUUGCCCGCUUGAAUUUUAAGUUCAUAUUGCCUGUGUUAAUGUAAGGCCGGCGCCCCUCGUGCCGGCGUUAGCUGAUUCCACACUAUACCACAUGUCCCUUGCUACGCAUUUUCAUGACUGGCUUUUGUGCCAGUUUCCUUUUUAUAAUUUCCUGCCAGUUGCACUAUGGUCAUCAUCCCAUGCAAAACUUGAAAUUUAACAGCGGAAAUUGCCAGUUUGUCCUUUCGACUAGUCUGAAUUUGUUUUGGCACCUAGCAAGUCGACUGCGAUCUAUAAUCUCCAUAAAAAGCCAUGAACUACACAAGCGAUGAUUAUAUAAUGACCGUUGGCAAAUCACAAGUUUUACACGCAACUGAGGUGCAACUUGCAUCAAAAAUGAUAGAAUGAGGAUGAUGUCGACCUGUGGUAUAAUGUGCUAUUAGCAUUACCUUCUAAGUUUUGUCAUUCUCGUGAUCUCAAACACUUUUAUAACAUCGAUUGGUAAUACGACUCAAGCGGAGCUACGAAAUUGGAUUAUAACCUUUCAGAAUUUUUUGACUGUCGUCGAUACUUUACUUUAAUAUAUUAAGAAGAUAUGAUAAUUCUUGUCACUCCCUCGGGCUUUUUAGUUAUAGUUUUAGUUAUAGAAUUAAGUUGUUAAGCUAGAAAUAAGUACCUACUAACAUAGUUUAAGUGAUUUGUCACACUAACACAAUUAUGGGUCUAAUGGCCUGAA